CGCGCCGCCCAGGGAUCGAGCCGCCGCCGCCGCCAUGAGCUGCUCGCCCGUCAACGUGAAGAAGCUGAAGGUGUCGGAGCUGAAGGAGGAGUUGAAAAAGCGGCGCCUCUCCGACAAGGGCCUCAAGGCCGACCUGAUGGAGCGGCUCCAGGCCGCGCUGGACCAGGAGGCCGGCGGGGGGGGCCCCGCCAGCAGCGCGGCUGAGCCUGGCAACGGCAGCAUGGAGGGGGAGGCGGCCGAGAGCGGCGGCGGCGCCGCGCAGCUCCGCCAGGGGGGAGGCCUCGACCAGGCCGCGGCCUCGGCGGCGGAGGACGACGACGAGGAAGGGCUGGAGGCCGCCGAUGGCGACCCCAUGGAGCUGGGCGAAGAGAACGGCGAGCGGGCGGGGGCCGGGGGCGGCCCGAUGGAAGAGGAGGCGGGCGGCGAGGAGGAGGAAGAGGAGGAGGAGGAGGACGAAAACGGAGACGACCAGGGCUUCCAGGAGGGGGAGGACGAGCUGGCCGACGAGGAGGAGGCCGCGGCCGGGGACGCCAACGGGCACGGGGAGCAGCAGCCCCAGGCCCAGCAACCGCCCCAGCAGCAGCCUCCGCCGCUCCUCGCCCCGCGCGCCGCCGCCAAGGAGGCCCCGGGCAAGAGCACUGCCGGCGCCUCGGGACCCGCGGCGGCUGCCUCUGCCGGCCCGGCCGGCCCCGCCAAGCAGCAGCAGCAGCAGAAGAAAGCGGAAGGCGGCGGCGGCGGAGGCCGCCCCGGAGCCCAGGCCGCCGGGGGAGAUGGCAAAACAGAACAAAAACCUGGUGAGAAAAAGAGGGGCGUCAAGAGACCACGUGAAGACCACGGCCGAGGAUAUUUUGAAUACAUUGAAGAAAAUAAGUACAGCAGGGCCAAGUCCCCUCAACCACCCGUUGAAGAAGAAGAUGAACACUUUGAUGACACAGUGGUGUGUCUUGAUACCUAUAACUGUGACCUGCAUUUUAAAAUCUCAAGAGACCGGUUUAGUGCUUCCUCACUGACCAUGGAAAGCUUUGCUUUCCUUUGGGCUGGGGGGAGAGCUUCCUAUGGAGUUUCUAAAGGCAAAGUCUGCUUUGAGAUGAAGGUUACAGAAAAGAUUCCUGUUAAACACCUGUAUACAAAAGACAUUGAUAUACAUGAGGUGCGAGUUGGCUGGUCACUGAACACAAGUGGAAUGUUGCUUGGUGAAGAAGAAUUUUCUUACGGAUAUUCUCUAAAAGGAAUAAAGACAUGCAAUUGUGAGACUGAAGACUUUGGUGAGAAGUUUGAUGAAAAUGAUGUGAUUGGAUGUUUUGCUAAUUUUGAUGGUGAUGAAGUGGAGCUCUCAUAUUCCAAGAACGGACAAGAGCUUGGUGUUGCAUUCAAAAUUAGUAAGGAAGUUCUUGAUGGGCGCCCGCUCUUUCCACAUGUUCUCUGCCAUAACUGUGCAGUUGAGUUCAACUUUGGUCAGAAAGAUGAACCUUACUUUCCUGUACCUGAAGAGUAUACCUUCAUCCAGAAGGUCCCCCUGGAAGAUCGGGUUCGAGGACCAAAGGGACCUGAGCAAAAGAAAGAUUGUGAGGUGGUGAUGAUGAUUGGAUUGCCUGGAGCUGGCAAGACUACAUGGGUAACUAAACAUGCAGCAGCAAAUCCUGGGAAAUACAACAUUCUUGGGACUAAUACUAUUAUGGACAAAAUGAUGGUUGCAGGUUUUAAACGGCAGAUGGCAGACACUGGGAAACUGAACACACUGUUGCAGCGAGCUCCACAGUGUCUUGGAAAAUUCAUUGAGAUUGCAGCUCGUAAGAAGCGGAAUUUCAUUUUGGAUCAGACAAAUGUGUCUGCAGCUGCGCAGAGGAGAAAAAUGUGCCUGUUUGCAGGCUUCCAGCGCAAAGCAGUUGUUGUUUGCCCAAAAGAUGAAGACUACAAGCAAAGAACACAAAAGAAGGCAGAGGUGGAGGGAAAAGAUCUUCCAGAGCAUGCAGUUCUCAAAAUGAAAGGGAACUUCACACUGCCAGAGGUAGCAGAAUGUUUUGAUGAAAUAAUCUAUGUAGAGUUGCAAAAAGAAGAAGCUCAGAAACUCUUGGAACAAUAUAAAGAAGAAAGUAAGAAAUCUCUUCCGCCAGAAAAGAAGCAGAACACUGGCUCAAAGAAAAACAAGAAGAGCAAUAAAAAUCAGUUUAAUAGAGGGCAGAGGGGGCGUGGAGGAUUCAACAUGCGUGGCAACUUCAGAGGAGGAGUCCCAGGCAAUCGAGGUGGAUACAACAGGAGGGGAGGCAAUAUGCCACAGCGUGGUGGUGGAGGAGGUGGUGGCGGUGGCGGCAGCAGCGGUGCCAUUGGCUAUCCUUAUCCUCGUGGCCCUGUCUUUCCUAGCAGAGGUGGCUACUCAAACAGAGGAAACUAUAACAGAGGUGGAAUGCCCAACAGGGGAAACUACAACCAGAACUUCAGAGGAAGGGGGAAUAAUCGUGGCUACAAAAACCAAUCUCAGGGCUACAACCAGUGGCAGCAGGGUCAAUUCUGGGGUCAGAAGCCAUGGAGUCAGCAUUAUCACCAAGGAUAUUAUUGAAUACCCAAAUAAAUGAACUGAUACAUAUUUCUCCCAAACCUUCACAAGAAGUCGACUGUUUUCUUUAGUAGGCUAACUUUUUAAACAUUCCACAAGAGGAAGUGCCUGCGGGUUCCUUUUUUAGAAGCUUUGUGGGUUGAUUUUUUUUUUUCUUUUUUUUGUACAUUUUUAAUUGCAGUUUUAAAGUGAUUCGUAAGAGAACCUCAGCAUUGUGCACGAUAAGAGAAUGUGUCAGUAUUUCAGGGUUCUACAUUUUAUCUGUAAAAUGUGACUUUUUUUUUUACCACAACAAAAGUAAAACGUUGCUUUGUACCUGGUGUCUUUUUAUUAAAGAAUUUUCUCCUUUUUCCCCACUUACCCCGAUUUCUAAGAAACAGUCGUGAGUCGUGUCACAAUACGAUCGAAAUAUGAGCAACCAGAUUCGUGUGGAGGCUCCUUCGUAGCCCUCAUGAAUAUAUAAUGUAAAGCUCCAUAUUACACUCCAUCCUCUCUAUAGUGCUUUUGGGUGGGGAGGAGGGAAGGGGGAGGUAAAAGUUUCUGGCAAUAAACUAGGACUUUUUUGUAACAUUUGGAAUUCAAUAAGAUGGGGGUGAAGAGGAAACCUGGAGCUAAAUAGUGAAGGUGGAGUGUAUGUAGAAGCUCUUAAAGUUGUAAAACUUGGUUGCGUUACUUGUGGAGGCUCAAACUUGUGAAGGUACACCACCAUAAUUUCUUUUCCAUUUGUUCUGCAUUUUGAUUCUGAAAAGAAGCUGGCUUUGCCCAUUUCUUAUUAAACAAAACUUGUUGUAAA